AUGUUCACCGUCAUCUUUCUCAGCUCCCUCGCCGCCCUCCUCCUUGUAUACAUUUGCAUUCCAGCAGUCUGGUUUGCCUUAAUGGCGGGGGACGAUACGUUGGAUGCUCACGAGUCAGGUCUUAUGUUGGUUGCUUCGCGCGCUCCAUUCCGCGAAACAGGCCCCCCAGCGAACAUGGCCAAGCUCAUUCUGCUACGACACAAGGUCGGUAAUCCACCCCACAAGGACAACGACUGUGGACUUAAACAGAAACUGUCUCCAGAUCCAAACAAGCAACAGGAAACGACGCAGCUCCUCGCAUUCACGCCAGGUGUCACGAAACUUCAUGGCCGCUCAGCAACGACCCAAAAAUCCUUGGAUGCGCUUUGGCAGACCCUUUGCUGGGAAACACCUCCAUUAAACCCGCGCCACCUUUUACAUUAA